GUAAUGGAUUAACCCACUGCUGGUCAUGUCCGCAUGGGUGAAAACCGCUACCAUGACACUGCAGACGCAAUUAGAGAUUUGCGCGUAUUUUGCGGUUAUCAUAAAAAAUUUUCCCCACAAAAUCAUGGGUCUUAAAAGAAUGGGCCCUUUAUAAUUUAUGAUUUUUAAAGAUCAUUUUAAAGGUCCAAUCAUGGACAAAUCUCUAAUURCGAACAAAAACUAUAUGGAGCCACCUUAAAAGGAUGGAUUCUUCAAUGGUUCUUUAUGAUUUAUGAUUUUUAAUGAUAUCUUUAAAGGUUCAAGACAAAAUGAAAGAUCAUGGAUGGUAAAAAAUCAUUAACCAUGGACAUUUAGAGAGAUAUAAUAGAGAGCAGAACAAAGAACAAAAGAAAACACACAAAAGAAAACGACAGAAAAAUAGUCAUUUUUCUUACUCUUAUGAAGUAAAUAUGAAGGUGUUCUCUAACAAUCUACGCUACAUGCACCUUGACAAAACGUACUGCUUAUUAUCAGGUAAAAAUAUCCGUAUCGUCCUGGAACUAUUCCGUUUACUUGACAUCCAUGAUGAAAUGGCGCUGAAUGACGUCCAGUUUCUAGCYUUCAUGCGCGUAACGACCGACCUGAAUAAAAACCAGAUCUACAAAGUAUUCGACAUGCUCGAUGUCGACGGCUCAGGCUCCAUUGAUUUUGACGAGUUUUACCUUCUUAUCUGUAUCCUGAUUGCUGUGCAGGACAGGGAGGAAAAGCACUUCAUCUACCGUCAUUCUCGGACAGUUUUUGACCUUCUAGAUGAAGACAGUAGCGGAAACAUAUCGUCCUUUGAGUUUGAAACGUUCGGAUUUAUGUUUAACCUCGAGGGCAAAGCGAUAAGGGAAAUCUUUAAGGAUUUUGAUGUGUCCGGUGAUCAGGAACUUGAUUAUACAGAAUUCAAGAUGUUUGCCAUGGCUUGUAUAGAUCGAUGUGCUGAGAUAGAGAAUACCACAGGGCCUAAACGAUGUGCUAUUUGUAUUUCCAGGACUYGUGAUUCUUGCGCAAUUAUGUGAUUAGAGUAACACGCGGCAUAUACGACACUAAAAAAGAAAAACACACCAGUCGGUAUCAUAAACAUAAUAUAAAAACGAUAACUAGUUAUUAUUUUUUYCCAAUUACUUCGUAUACAUGUUUUAAUAAUGAAGGCAUGACGAUUCCGAAACAGGCUGGUUCUCACUAAAAUUGCGUUGUUCUUUACCUUGAAUUAUAAAGAAGAAUACAUUAAACAU